UGGAAUAAUUCCUCUUCUCGCCUCGGUUUAAACCAAAGCUUAAGGGUUUUAAGAGAAGUUGUAUUUGCAUUAUUAUUCAGUGUGUCCGUUAUUUUUGAUGCAAUUUAUAAUCGUCCUAUUUUGAAGUUUAUAUACAUAUUAAAAUGGAGAAUUCUGCCAAGACUUGUCACCUACUUACUAGCCUGCCCGAGAUAAUCCACAAAAUUAUGGAAUUCCUGUCCAAUUCAGACCUUGAGUCGGCCUCUAUGGUCAAUCCCGCGUGGGAGGGGGCAGCCCUAAAACAUCUCCUGGUCCGAAAUCCAGUCGAUAUUAACCUUCGCAAUGUCACCGAUCCCUCUGACGUUCUACUCCCCUUGAUAAACUUGUCCCCUUCAAACGUCAGAAUAUUUUCACAUGAGGAGUCCAACAACGUGGUUAAUUUAGUGGACCUAUUUAACUUAGCAAAAUUCAAAACCGUGACAAAAUUAUACCUGUAUUUCCCAGUAGACAACAACUUCCGGCAUGUGGCGUGUAAUUUGAUCAAAAUCCUGGAAAAUGAAUCCUUCAAAAAUUUGAAAUCGCUACAACUGCAUCCAGGAAUGGCCAAUUACGAGCCAGCUUUUUCAUCCAAAUUAAAAUGGAAGGACAUAUUUCCAGAAAAUAUGUCCUACCCGGGAAAAAACCUACCCCGGACUAAUUUGACCUUGGACAUGGGUUCUUUAUACAUUCCGUUUUUCACGGUGCAGAAAUUCAGUAAAAUUGUCUCUUUAACCACCCGAGUUCUCGCGGUUUUCCGGCAAGUGGCUAACCUAAAAAUGUCGGCCAUGCCGGGUGGGAUUUUCGAGCAGAGUGGUAUCAGCUUGCCCAACCUGCGGGCGUUAUCAUUGAAAAAAUAUUGGGGUUUGGAGCAUCAGGAUGGGCGAAAUGAGGAAAUCAAGAAAUUUUACAAAUUUAAUCUACAGCUUAACUCAACUUUUGAAAAUGUUACGCGGUACGAGUUCAACGUUCCCAGUAAUGAUUACUGUAUCAAUCAGUUCGAGCUAUUUCGUUUCCUAGCCCCACAGUUGGAGCAGGUUUGCAUCUCCUCCGUGAAAAGUUGUGCCCCGCAGGAACUUAUCCCUCACGUAGUCCCGAUUCUCCCACGGUUAUAGGUUUUCGAAGUUUCACGAGACCAAAGAAUGACUUACGGGAGACGUAGUCCGGUGAUAAGCUGGUUUCGACCCGAGCUGUGCUUGGAGUUUGAAAGUGGUCGGGAUUCGGUCAAGUUAGUUUAUGCGAGACAGUUCCCGGUCCUGGAGAAGUUAAGGGUGCAUGUGGUUCCGGGGUGGUUUGGGGAGAAGAGAAACCCGUGUGAAGAACAUUUGGAUUUUGAAGCGACCAUGCUUUUACUGUGUGAAAACUUUUUGGCGGAUGGGAUCGAUCCGUGUGAGACGGUGAGAAAUUUGGACGUUUCGUUCCCCACGGGGGGCAAGGUGGGGAGUAUGCUGAUGACGAGGAGGUGUGGGUGUGAAGAUGUUAAUUGUCAGUGUUGGGGGUGGAAGGACGAGAUUACCGAUUUUUAUGGGAGGAUUUCGACAGUUUUUCCUAAUCUUGACUAUGAUGUGGUGGAGAAGGGAAGGAAGAAUGUGAGAGCGGCGAGAAUUCAGAAAGUUAAGGAAAUCGGGAUGAAGUGGGGGAUUUUUAGGGAGGAUAAAGAUUUCGAGGAGAUGUUGAAGUUUGAUAAGGCGGAAUAGAAAUUUCCGUAGAAUUAGGAUAAGUAGGGCAAGUUUUUUAAUAAGUGGUUCAUGGUUUGACGUUAAGCGAAUUCCACUAUAUAUAAAACAUGCUUUAAAAUAUUAAUAAACCGUAGUAACGUUACAAGUAGCUCACCCUGUCAUAAUGAUUUGCAUAUAACUUUCCACCAAAGGUACGGAAUAAGCCGACAAAAUAGAUUAUCACUCUCAUAGAUUCUUGCACCAAUAGUGCAAUAUAAACGGAAAAAUAUAUUUUUAAAAUCCGGAAUUAGUUUGCACCACUAGUGCAACAUUAGCGACCAACGGGAUACAAAGUUUUGAAAACUUUGAAAAAAUCGUAUGGUUUUUUCUCCCGACAUUCUGCAACAUUGGUGCAUAGGGCAUCCCUUUCCCAAUUAUGUAUUAUCAAAUGUAUAUAUUUUAGCGUCAAUAGUGCAGAAUAAUCGAACAAAUGGACAUGAUUUUGGAAGGGAAAUAGACGGCCCAAUUGUUAUGCAUCAUUAAUUUUUGGGGGGAAAUAGAUGGCCCAAUUGUUACGCAUCAUUUUUAAUAACCAAUUGC